AGGCGUCAGCAAGCCUGCAUCACCAGCAAUGGCCUCACUCUUCUCGCUGUGCCUCAUCCUCAUGGCCCUCCUCCUCUCGACCGCGACAGCCGAGCCAUCGCGGGCCAGCCCUGCAGCCGGAAGCGUCGACGGAUGGCUCCACGAGGCAGUGCCGGAGGCAGCACCCGGAUGGUCUGAAGGCGAUGCCGCCCACGCCCACGCCCCCGCCCCCGCCCCCGCUGAUGGAAUCGCGGUGCCCCCGCCGCCGCCGGGGAGGCAACGGUUGAGGACCCCUCUCCACCCUUUCGAGCUCAGCCCCGAUGCGAGGCGAGGGCUGGAGCACGAGGCUCGCUGCGGGCCGCGCGUCCCGGUGCGGCGGGGCUCCCCCAGGCCGAAGUGGAAGCCACGCUGCCGUGGCGACGACGAUGGCGAUGCCGCGGACGGGAGCAAGACCGGCGCGGCGGGUGCUCCGUCGUCAGCGUGGCUGCCGUUGGACGUCAACGAGCCGUAGCAGCACUAGGAGCGGCAGCAGCUACGUAUACAUACCGGCGACCCAACCACGCAUUCUGCAUCAGCAAAUGGACAUUACGUUACGUGCCAGGUAGAAAAUCGUCAUGAAGCUAAUAAACCUCUUGCAAAUAAAGGAUCACCUUACGGCAUAAAACCAAGUAAUUAAUACUAGUAUCUCUAUACAUGUACGUUGGUGUUAAAUACAGUGCAUUCGCA